AUGGCCUGCUGCAUGAUGUACCGUGGCGACGUGGUCCCAAAGGAUGUGAACGCUGCCGUGGCCACCAUCAAGACCAAGCGCACCAUCCAGUUCGUGGACUGGUGCCCCACCGGCUUCAAGUGUGGCAUCAACUACCAGCCACCGACCGUGGUGCCCGGCGGUGACCUGGCCAAGGUGAUGCGCGCCUGCUGCAUGAUCUCGAACAGCACCGCUAUCGCCGAAGUCUUCUCCCGUAUCGACCACAAAUUCGACUUGAUGUACUCCAAGCGUGCCUUCGUCCACCACUAUGUCGGCGAAGGCAUGGAGGAGGGCGAGUUCUCCGAGGCCCGCGAGGAUUUGGCAGCCUUGGAGAAGGACUACGAGGAGGUGGGCAUCGAAACAGCGGAGGGCGAAGGAGCUCCUAUGGCUAGAAAUCCUGUAUGGCCCCAAGUACGCUAUGCUUUCGGGGUUCCGGCACUAAUUAUAGACUAG